AUGCUCCGUCAUCUGCUCACUGAUACUCCCGACAUGAAUGUGCCAAACAAUAGUGGGAUGGUUCUUUCUACUCCAGCCAUGGAUCCAUUUCAAUGGCAACAAUAUCCACAAUCCGGUGCCUCUUCAUCUGUAUCUGGGACAUCCGAGCUUUUUAGUUCAACCUAUGCCAUGCUAAGUGACACUGCUUCGGCACCGUAUCCAGACCAAUGGCACGAGAACAAAUCAGAUUGUGAGUCGACGUUUUAUUUCGACGCCGUGCCAGGUCCCUAUGGUCACCCGUCAAAUAAUAUGUACUAUCCUGUCCAUGAUCCAAGGUUCCAAUCUACCUUCACAGACGCCUAUCCUCGUGCAGCUCCACAACAGUACGACAACCAUGUGCAGGUGCCCGUGUCCGAGUCCAUCCAGAUCACUGCCAACUAUCCUACCCACUUUCCUCCGCAUCAGCACACUCAAAAACUUGAUUAUCCUCAGUCGGCUGCGCUAGCGUUAACCCCAUCAAUUGCUCAACCACCCACUCAAACGGCUCUUUCUACGGCUCCGCUGCCGCGCCCCUCCACAGUAUCCCCCUGUGAACAGACAGCGUUAAGCAGUCCAACGCUCACGUCAAAUAGUGGCUCCGCAGCCUCCGAAACGCCACCAAUUUCGGGCGAAAUCAUAUCAACCGAACUCGAGGGCCCUGAUAAUGAACGAGUCAUGUGUAUGGCCUGUCGGGGCGUGUACCCGUCGAGAAGAAGUUUGACUGGGCACAUUGGGAGGAACGAGAAAUGUCGAGAGAUCAUCGGGCGCAACUAUUUGGAUCAGGUUGCCAUGGGAGGGAAUCCUAUAGCACCUGGAACAGAGAAUGCGAUUAAGGCUGGUGCACUCACUAACGGUCAGGACGGUCUCAGCCCAAUAUGUCCCCAUUGUGACCGAUUCAUCAGCCAUUACAAAGGGAACAUCCGGCGACACAUCAACCAAUGUGGCAAAAACGAAAGUCCGCAGAAAAGACCUAGGCCAGACAAAGACAAGAGAAGAGAUGGGAAGAAGCGUCGACAAGAGGAAACUCUGCUGCCACAUGUGUUACACGAAGGAUUUGAUCCAGCUUCUAAUGGUCAUAAUGCUCCGCUUGUAGCGUCGCCUGUGAUGUCACCUCCUAUGGGAUCAUACCAUUCGGUUCACGAACAGGAAUUCACGGACAACUUGAUCUACAUGAAUGGCCAUUCGCUGGAACAACAAAUUCAACUGCCCAGUGAUCCAUCUCCUCCCGGCGCUCCAAGGAAAGAAGCCGAUCCUCCAGAGGACGCGUAUAUUUGCGACAGCUGUGAGUUCGUGACUAUUUAUAAGGGUAACAUGAAGAGACAUCUCAACACGUGCCAUCCUGCCCCUGAUUGUAAAGAUCUCAAAGAAUGGGAUCGUAAGCUGGAAAGUAUGCGAGCGUCAGUGCUAGGCAUGAGCCGAGCGGAGAUGAUCGAGAGGUUAAAUGCACACAGAAUGAACUCGACAAGAGGUCGAAAACCACGAGGAAAGAAGAGCGAGGAGAGUGCUCAGGCGAUGGUGCAUUCCGAUUUCCCGCAGAUGCACUACAACUACGACAUGAUGGGACAUUUCCCACACUUAUGA